UAUUCUAAGAAUAUUAAAUAUAUAUUUAAUAUUCUUAGAAUACGCUUAGGAUAUUAAAUAAAUAUCACGCGCUUAUAGGGAACUUCCUUUUUCUUUUUAUAUGUAUAUAUCAAACACAGUGAAACCAGUAUAAAUUGAUACAAACUAAAUUGUGUUGCGUUAUCGCCAUCCGCAUCGUAUAUCUCCAUCAUGAUAUGGGCCCAGAAUUCGUUUCGGCACUGCACGUUGCGUAAAGGAAAAGUGAACAAAUUCUAAUCAAGAUGGCCGCAGCACAUGGGAAUCAGAGUAUCGAAAAACUAACUGAAGAAAACUAUGAAUCAUGGAAGAUUUAAAUGAGAAGCGUACUGGUAUGUAACGAUUUAUGGGGUUACGUGAAUGGUGCCACGAUAAUGACUGAUGAAAAUACAGCGGCCUGGACAGUAAAAAAUUAGAAGGCGCUGGCAUUAAUAGUGUUGAGCAUGUCGCGUGGACAAUUAAAUCACGUAAAAAGAGCCGAGACAUCGAAGGCCGCGUGGGAGGAACUCAAGCGCAUUCACGAAUCGAAGGGAUCGAUUAGAAAAGCCACGUUUUAUAAACAAUUAUAUCGAAUGAGAAAAGACUUGGGAAUUACCAUGAACGCGUACAUAAAUAAUUUUACUAACAAAGCCGAACAGUUGAUCGAGACGGGAAUCAAAAUACCGGAUUAUCUUUUGUCGAUAAUGUUAUUAUUUUCAUUACCCGACGAUUUCGAAAACUUUAGCAUAGCGAUAGAGUCUCGCGACGAAAUUUCGAAUAUGAAUAGCUUGAAGGCCAAACACUGGAAAAGGAAACGCGCCAAGACAAACGAGCGGGAAGAAAGGAUUCGGGAAAAGGACAGAAUAACAACGCAUUAUUUUCUUGCGUACAUGUUUGUGACAAACAAAGACAUAUAAAUUUAGCAGAUAAAUCUAUGAAACAAAAUCGAAAACAAUUUAUCGGAAAGUGUUUCAAUUGCGGUAAAAUCGGACAUAAAAGUACCGACUGUCGCGUAAAAAUGAAACACGGUGAAACGAAUAGCAAAAAUUAUACUAUGACCGCUAUAGUAUGUAAUACUAAAGUUUCGAAAUUUAGCGAUUGGUUUCUUGAAAGCGGCGCGACGCGUCACAUGCGUAACGACUAUCGAAAAUUUACAAUGUUAAACGAUACAGAACGAUCGAAAGUGUUUACAGUAGCGGGACAUUGUUUAGAUUCGUCAAGUAUGGGCGAAAUUAAUUUGGAAGUGAAAAAUCGUGGUUCAAAAAACACUGUAAAGCUAAAAAAUACAAUGUUAAUUCCCGCGCUAUAAAAUAAUCUAAUAUGAGUUUCUAUGAUCACAGACAAUAGAUACACCUUGGUAUUUGACAAAAAUAGCGCAACGAUAAAACGCAGAGACGGAUCCACAGCUUUAAUAGCAACGAAGAGGAAUCAACUCUACACAGUAAACAAAAUGAAAAAUCACGCGACGGUGUUUGUAAAAUUAACGACGAUAAAUUGACUCGUUGGCAUCAAAGGCGACAAUUAUUGAAGUUGGUAAAGACCCAAGAGGCAAAUGACUCCAGAAGCACUAAGGAUACCAGCAACGAAUCCAUCGAUUUUCAGAAAUCGGUGGGAUCACUCCCCAAAACGAUGGAUUCGAAAGUUAGUACCCAAAUAACGCAGUGCCUGGAGUCUACUUUAAAUACAGGUAUGUGUUAUCAAAAUGUCGAACUUUGCGAAGAUAACAAUAAUUAUGUUAUCGAAAAUGGCCUUCUGGAUACAAAUCGUAUCCAGGAAAGCAUGCCUGAAGGCCAUCGCGUUGUCGAUAUAUCUUUUCUGUGGAAUGAAAUUCACAGAACAUUUGCUAACCAUGCGCAAGAAAUAGAAUGCCAAUUUAAAGAUUGGAAACUCGUAAAUUCUCGUCGGCGUGGGUUAAUGACGCAGUUGUUCUUCAAGUGCCAAAUGUGCAAUUAUGAAGCCAACAUCUGGUCAAAACCUACAGAGCCGGAAACAUUGGACAUUAAUACGGCCGCUAUAGCAGGAACUGUUACAGUGGGAAUUGGUUAUGCCCAGCUGGAAGAGCUAUGUGCAGCCAUGAAUGUUCAUUGUAUGUCCGAGCCAACUUAUAUCAAAUAUAGAAACAAUUUAGUCGAUGAUUUUGAAAAAACAGCCAUGGAAAAUAUAAAAAUGGCUGGCGAAGUUGAAAAGCAACUCGCUCUUGAGAAAAACAAAGUUAUAAAUGGUAUUCCGUAUAACUCCGUAUAUAACAGUUAUAGCAAAUGUUGGAUGAAGAAAUUGUACGGCAACGCCUGCGACUCUCUUUUCGGUAUUGGAGCCAUAAUUGGUUACCGCACGGGAAAGAUUCUCUUCGUCGGUGUCCGCAAUAAAUUUUGUACGCUAUGUGAUGUGGCAGAGCAAAAAGGUAUUCAACCGAAAGAUCACAAAUGCUACAAAAAUUUUGAUCGGAACACAAGCUCUACAAGCAUGGAGAGCGAUGUCAUCGCGGAAGGUUUUAAAUGUAGCCUCGAAAUGCAUGGUCUGAUUUAUAAAACGGUUGUUGCCGAUGGUGUCAGUAGCGUUUAUCAGGCCAUUGUUGAUAACAGACCAUACUGUGACUAUAUAGUGACAGUAAAAAAAAUAGAAUGCACCAAUCAUUUGCUUCGCAAUUUAUGCAAAAGGCUAAAAGCUGUGGCUGAGAUGACUCAGCCAAAAAUGCAUAGAUAGCGUGGCUUUGUAGAGGUACGAAAUGUUGUACAAAACAACAUUUUAAAAAUACGGAAGGAAGUAAAGGUAGCAGAAGUUACCGCUGAUCUACAACUGCCUGGGGAGGCCUCAACUCUUGCAUCUUUCAGC